GUCAGUUUCGAUAAACCAUGCCGAAUGGUUGGGUAAAUUUCAUAUCGCGGCUUAAAUAAAAUCAUUUUAUUUAUAUCAAAAAUAUUGACUAAAGAUAUUUUGCUAAGUGUAACACGCACUACACAGUAUCACGAAUUUUUUGAAGUGUAGAGUGAAGUGAUUUUAUGUGUGCUAUCUCAAACUGACAUGCAAUGAGUGAAAGACCCAUUUUAAGUUGCCAAAUCCAAACAAUAACCAAAAUAUAAUAACGAAGCAAAUAAGUAAAUUAAAUUAUUAAAGUAAACGGAAAGCUUGAUUUGAACUAUUUUUGUCGAUUUUCCGAUGAUUUUGGGAAAAAACGGAAAUUAGUGUUUGCAUGUAUUUCGUGGUUGAAAAUGUAUGAUAGCCUUCGCACGCAUCCAUUCAUUCAGUAAAUUAAAUUGAAAUUUCGGCUUUGAAUUGUAACGGUCAGCGGGGUAGGGAUAUAACGGUGGUGUACCGCUUUGGUGCGAAGCGUUUGCUGUGUGUGUUCGGCGGGUGUGUUUAGAUUUUCGUCAAGAUUUUCGUUUUUUUUGUAUUGAACAUACGUACCAAAGUAGGGCCCAAUGAUAGAGUCCAGUCUCAGGCAACUGGCCGAGUAAAAUAGAAUUUCGCGUGUUGAAAAUUUCGGUUGCGAACUAAAACGCAAACAGGAAAAGGGCAUUAAUAUAAGCCGCCAAAGGAUUAUCAGUGAUAAAGCUAACCUAUUCCUAUGCGAAUCUGUAAACAAAUUACACAAACCUAACAACAACAAACAAAAAAUAUAAAAAAAAUAAAACAAUAAAACAAAAAAACAAAAAAACAUAUAAGCAGUAGCGAAAACAAUAGUAGGAAUUUUUUGUGCUAAUUACAAUAUAACAUGAAACAGAGAAGCGGUCGAAACGAGACCAAGUGAAAUUUGCUAAUUUCAACCGAUAUUUCGGAUAUGUUAAACUUGAGUAGCAUAGACGUGAAAAUGUCCAAGUAUAAGAAUAAAUCAAUUUCCCAGCGAAAUAUUUUUGGCCAAGCGUCAUUCCCUGUAGAUGAAAAUCAUGCUGAAGGCAUAUAAGCUCAGCAGGAUUACUAGUGCAACAAGCUCCCAAAGUUAUUUCCUUCGGCCACAGCCACAGCCACAGCCACAGCUAGACGAAGUAAAAUAAACUAGAACUUCAGAAAGAAAUAUCAAAAAAAUCCAUAAAGUAAGUCAGAAAACUGAAAGCCAGAACUUGACGUGAUUUAAGAACAUUAAAGCAUUUUUAUUUAUUUUAACUUUUGUUUUGUGGAUUUUGUUUUUUUUUUGAAUAAAAACUCUUUGUGAAAACCAUUCGCGUAAAACUACCAAGAAAGCUAAACAAUUGCAGAGCCAUUAUUGUGAUUAUUAGAACUGCUUAAAGCCGUAAACCUAUUAAAAUAACUUAUAUCCCAUGAACAAAAAUAAUGCAUAUAUCAAAGUAAUAUAGUAAUAUGUCUUAAUUUAUUCACACCGAGCUCAGAAAGAACAGAACUGAAGUACCUAAACCAAUGAACAAAUGAACAAAUGAACAAAUGAACAAAGUGAGCGGAAAAUAUGUUAAAGUAAACAAAUUUUUUUUAUUUUUAUUUUUGUAUUUUGAAUAUUUGACUUUAUUUUCGGGGCUUGCAAAAAUAAAUGGAGCCCUGUACUAUGCUUAAGUCUAAAUAAAUUCUUUGACAAAGUACACAAAUCAUAAAGCAGCAGCUAGUAAAGUGCACAAAGAAAUGUGGUAAGCAACGCAUGUGGCAGGUCCUGCACACUAAGGACAACAUAUCAACAUUCAGCAUAUCCUAAAGCUGAAUUGCCAUAACAUAUCGUAUCGCAUAUAUUUACAUACUAUAUAUAAAAUUAUCUACAUAUAUAUAAUAAUAUAUAAAAGAAAAUAUAAUAAAGAGAAAAUAAUACUGUACAAAGAAUAAAGUCAGGCAUAUCUCAGAAACUCGCACAAACUCAGAAAAAAUAACAAGAAUAUAAAUUUCAAAGCAAAAAUGUUAAUUCCUCACCCUCACAUAACUAGCGUUAGGGUGUAGGGUGGUAUACGUAUUGCUACAACAAAAACAAUAAAAACAACAAAAGCAACAAAACAGUUAAGUAAGUAGCAACUGAACUAACUAGAAUCUUGUUAAAUAUUUACAAUAAAAAAAAAUUCAACAAAAUGUCAAAAUAUAAAAGCAUAAGCCAAAUUGUGAACGUAGCGCACAUAAAGCAACAACAAAGGCUAACUUGCAGCCCUAGCAGCAGCGUCUGCAGCAAUAGCAACAACAACAACAAUAGCAACGGCAACAGCACUAAAAAUGACAAGCAAAGGAGCGUCAAGCACAUUAGCUCCACUUGUAGAUUUAACAGUAUUAAAAGAAAGAUUGCUCAUACGCGCAAUUCAUGCAGUCCAUGCAAUUUGAAGAAUCAGCACAAACCAUGCUUCCUGGUCUGCAGUGCUUAUUUUUGCGUCUCCAUGCUGUGCAUUACAGCUAUGGUGCCGUCAGUGGUAGCCUCACGUUACUUACAUCAUGGCCACUCACGCUAUUCUGGCGGCAGUAGUAGCAAUCGCGGUUCAUCCUAUCCACUUGACAGUCAUGUGUCGUACUCGCGUAGUCACCACGCUACCGCUAAACAUCCACCAAUGAAUAAUAAUAUAAAUAACAACAACAAAAACAACAAUGAUGUAUAUUCGGUCGCUGACAGUCAAGCAAUGACCGAUGACUACAUGGCACAGUUCGGCGACCCACAGCCACAAUCACAGCCGAGGAAUCUAUUACCAAAUCCUGAUGGAAACUUUCCAAGUUGUCAGACGGUUUGCUUUUGUAAGUGGAGAAAUGGUAAGCAAACCGUAGAAUGUAUUGAUCGUCACCUCAUUCAAAUACCAGAUACCAUAGAUCCUAGUACGCAGGUAUUAGAUUUGUCUGGCAACAAUUUACAAACGCUCUCCAGUAAGCUAUUUAUACGCGCAAAUUUGUUGAACUUGCAACGCCUAUUUUUACGAAAUUGUCGUAUAGGUGUAAUUGAGCUGGACGCUUUCGAAGGUCUAACGAACUUGAUAGAAUUGGAUUUGUCACAAAACCUCUUAGUAAAUGUGCCCACAGAUCAAAUAAGUCUUAUAACAUCAUUACGCGAUCUUAAUCUGUCACAGAAUCACAUACCAAAACUUGAGUCGAGAGUGUUUGCAAGAAAUACUGCUAUACAUAAACUGGAUCUAUCCUAUUGUGAGAUGAAGAUAAUAGCUCCAGAAGCAUUUUAUGGACUUAAUCUAAUAAUACAAUUACGUUUAAACGGUAAUAAACUUAAUGUGUUUCCACCAAAUUUGACUGAGUCAUUAAACUCUCUGCAUAACAUUCAAAUUCACGAUAAUCUCUGGCAAUGUGAUUGUCGUUUGCGAGAACUAAAGAAUUGGUUAGUAGUUAAAAAUAUACCAUAUCCGGUCGCGCCUUUGUGUGCGGGUGGGCCGGAGAGACUCAUUAAACGCACAUUUUCCGAUCUACAAGUUGAUGAUUUUGCUUGCAAACCUGAAAUGCAACCCAUUAACCACUACAUUGAAGCGAUUAUAGGGGAGAAUGCAACAAUAACAUGUCGUGCUAAAGCAGUACCUGCUGCAGUAAUUAACUGGUUUUGGAAUGGACGUUUACUGGGCAAUAAUAGCGGCUUUAACGCGUAUCAACGCAUUUACAUUUACGAAGAUGGCACCACUGCAAAGCGUUCGCGUCUCGUAUUGACCAAUGCGCAAGAAAUUGAUUCCAGUGACUUUUAUUGUGUCGCCGAAAAUCGUGCUGGUACUUCAGAAGCCAAUUUUACGCUACGUGUCACCAUUCGUCCAGCUGGCAUAGGUGCAUUGGGCAGUGGACAAAUUGUGGGUUUAAGUGCAGCAAUUGUUAUUUUCAUUGUAUCGGUUUUGAUGUUGAUAGCUUUCAUAUUAAUGCGUAUCAAAGGCCAACCGUUCCUCAGAAGCAAAACAUCAACUCAAGUCGAAGUUGUGACAAGUGUUAAUAAUCAGAAUACAAUCACAAAUAAAAUUCAGCCACCCGGUGGGAAUGGCAGUAUUGGUGGUAUUGUCAUUGCUAAUGGUGCUAUAUCCAAUUGUAUUGAUAGCAAUAUCACAAUUGAACGUAGAACUAGCGCAGUUAUCUGUAGUGCUGAUGGUAAAUUCGCAAACCCAGUGCAGAAGCCACCACGACUCAAUGAUUUUCCCUAUUCUAAUAACGGUUACGAAAACAGCGGCAGUGUGUUGUCUACAGCAGCUUGCUUCAUUUCACCCACAUCUUCUGCUGGCAACAACCCAGAUCUUAUUAACGAUACUAAACGCUUUGGUAGCGAUGAAUUUGUUGACCUGAAAAUACCUCCAAUUUUGACUUCUAAUUUGAAUACCGAACUAGGUGGUUCAAGUGGUGAAUACAGUCGCGCUGGUGGUUGUGAUUCCUUAUAUCCAUCAGGUUUAUGGGAAAAUCCACCGAAUGGUACUAGUUCAGCUGAUGAUUUGUUCCUUAAACGCUACAAUGAAAAGACACCCAUCAUUGAAUCUACACAAUUAUAUGACCUACAGGAACGUAAUACUAACUUAUUUAGCAAAACAUUUCCACGCACACAUUACAAUCUGCAAACAAACAUCGGUACCAACAAUAAUGGGCAUAAGAAUCCAUUGCCAUCCACUUCAAGUGCUGCACUUAUGGGUAUGGGCGCACAAUCAACAACCUCCACCGCAACAACUAAUUUGUCCAACUCUUCUGGCGCUAACAUUGGUGGCUAUCCAAAUGAUUACGGUUUACCUUUAGUACCCGGAGCUGAACACCAGCAUAAUCAUCAUCUUCAAAUGCAUCCCUUGCAACAAAUGCAACAACAGUUAGGCAAUUCUGGUGGCAGUGGCAGCAAUAAUGCUAGCCCCAACUUCAAUGUACGUCACUUACCACGCUUACACGAUAAUACCAGCAGCGCAAUGUCAUCUCACAUGCCCGGCACAUCCGGCUCCGGCAUUUUACCUAGUGGACAACCUGUCAAUGCUAAAACUAUACGUGUCUGGCAGCGUGGUGGCGUACCAGUGCUACCACCAGUCACCAAACUCAAUCACACACUCGGCAACAAGGUCUAUGGCAUACAAGAUGAUGGCUUCCCAGACGGCGGCACUGAUGUCUAAGCUGUUUUCCUAUUUAUACUAAACAAUUUUAAUUAAACUUCAUUAUAAUUUUUUAACAAAGUUCUAAAUAAUUUGCCGUGUAGACUUGUCAUAAUUAAAUCAAUUUCCUAAUUUAUUUAAUUUUACUACGAUAAUUUGAUUACGUCUAAAUUUGCAUUAAUUAUGCUCAUUCCUCCUAAUUAUCGUUUCUACCCAUCCCUUUGGAAACACAUGAAAUAUUUGGAGCAGAAAUGUUUUGUACUUUUAAUACGAGUAAGUAAGGCUAAGAGGAGCUAAGAAUUUGAAGUUGAAACUGAAGCCGAAGCCGAACUGAAGCCGAACUGAGGCCGAACUUAAGCUGAAAUUAGAAUUGAAGCAAAUUGAAGCCGAGCUUCAAAAGUUCGGUGAAAACGAGAUUGUGAUAGUGUUGCGUGAAGUUGCAGAUAAUAAUUAGAAAGAUGAAAUUACUUUCGAAGCAAAAAGUAUUAUAAUUAAUUUAUAAAAUAUUUAAACAAAUUUAAUUAAUUAAUUAAUUUAAUUAUAAUUUUCUUACACUUAAAUACAUACGUACUUACAUUCUUAAUUAAAAAAACAAAAGCAAUCUCUUUGCUUACAAAAUAAUUUCAUUAA